GAAAACGACGGCUCCGCUACAAACCCGCGUUCAAGGACCAUUUCGACAGAGAGACGCGCGAAAUAAGUGCCCCUAUAUAAUGGCUUAGACUGUCUUCUGCAUAGCCAGGCUCCGCAGCCCACUGCUGCGCUGGCUGAUGUAGCUCUUAUUCUCUACUCUCUAUCUCUAUCUCUCAUUCUACUCGCGUUGUUCUAGUUGCGGAAUAUUUGCGAGUGUCAUGUGCUGCGUCGGCGGGAGCUAGCGCUGGGCUUCGUGAAAUUAUGAUUUUCCCGCAGGUUCGCGCGCUCAAAAUCUUGUUCGGCCUGUCAUCAGUGUGUGUGUGUGUGUGUGUGUUUAUGCACGUGUGUGCUGCGGAUAUGCAGUGUCGACGAUUAGAUCGUUGUUUUGACUGUUUUCGACGACGACGACUAAUCUCGUAAUGUAUGUAGGUCAGGGUAUAAGGGGUGGAAUUUGUUGCUAUGUAAUAGUUGUAGUAUACGUACGCUUGCAUCUGUUUUAUACUAGCUAUUUAGAUUCAAGAGUAUAAACAAAUGUACGCUCGAGUUUUUGGUAAAAUUUAAUCAAAUUUUACUCAAACCCAAAGACGAAAAUAAUUAAAAAUUUUCGGAUCAUCCAAUCGGCCAAAACUAUUUAUUCGUAUGACAAUUUGCAAUAUCGCAAUUAUUUUUUUUUUUUUUUGCGGAAAAUUGUUUUCCACAGGUUAAACCAAAUCGAACCACAAGGCUGUACACUAAAAAUCAAAAUAAAAAAAAGUGUUGUAAGACUACUGCGAGAUCACACUCACAGUUCUUGUGCGUCCAUUCGUGCGAUUUGGCCAUAGAGUUACAUUAUUUUGUAAAUGCAUUAAAAUCACGCUAAUGUUAUAGUAUGAGAAGAAUUAUAUUAUAAAGUUUUAUAAAAUAUGCCAUAUUUUCAAGUGAUUAUUUUUCUUAUACCUAUAGGUGUAGAUAAUUCGUCUGUGACAGUUGUAGAAUAUAAUAGAGUUCCAAAUUUUGAUUGGCGUUAGAUUGAUAUGCUUUGAAGUUGAAUUGAAGUUACAUAGGUAUAUUGGAGCUUCGAAAUUCUGUCGAGGGAAUGACUUUGGUACACUCAAAUUGAGUUUGAAACAUAUCGUGUCUCCAUACAUAGAUAUUAGUUUUUGAUUUAAUAAUGUAACAUAAAAGUCUCUGAAAACCUUUGUCAAAAUUUAAACUGUAGGGCAAGAGUUAAUUUGAAAUUCGUGUGAGUUUGUAUACGUUAAAUGUUGAUAGGAGUAAUUAUAUUGCAUUUGAAUGUACAGUCGAGGUGUGAGUACUCAAAAAAUCCGAGUCCGAUAAUUUUAACUAUUUUGGCUGUAAAUAAUUAUUCACACGUUAAUAGUGGUCUUUUUAAAAAAACUGCGUUUUUGCAAGCCAAAGACGAGUUGAUGUUGUCUGCAUUUUUUGUGUGAAUAUUAUUACAUAGUUAAUAUUAAAAUACAGAUCCCAAAUUACGUGUAAGAUACAACUUGGAAAUUGUUCGUUUUUACCUACCUAUUAUAGUGUUACUUUGUUAUAUAUUUCAGUUUAAAGCGCAUUAAUUAUAUGCACACUAGAUUUAUGUUUAUAUAUUUACACUUUUCUUAUACAGAGCACAUUAUUAGAAAUCGAGCAAAAUGUUAAUCUGCCAGCAUUAUUAAUGCAGCCGGUCAAAGUUUAGUGCUGGGAAUUCCCAAAAAAAUUCUAGUCUAAUUGCCGAGCCGACGUUUUUAGACGAGUUGGAGUUAAGUUCCGGAACUCUCUGAGCAGCUCAAAAUAUAUUUUGAAACUUUUAUUGUUUAUUCAAUUGAAUUUGUUAUUUUCGAGUUAUUUAGACAGAAUACUUAUUUGUUUAGCUUUCAAUAUCUGUACAUUGCAAGGAUCUGAGCUCUUUAGAAGCAGAAUAAGCUGGAUGGGAUAGAAAAAAACGUUCAUUGUAGAAUCGCCAGAAAAAUCCGAGCAGACCGAAAAAAAUUCGUGAGUUUUUCCGGUAGAAAACUCGACUAUAUGUGUUAUUAAAACUAGAUGAUACGAUUAAAACUAGCGGUGAUGAAUGAAUUUGCAUACAUUUUUUAUAUGGUGCAAUUUUAUCUCUGCAAGAUUAUUUCACCUCAUCACUCGUAUGUCUCUAUAUUAUUCAUCCGAAAUCUCGCAAACUUGUAAAUCCAAGCAUCUCAUCGUCUUGUUUCAGUGUGCAAAAGCUCACCAGUGCUUUCGAAAGCAGCCUGCACUGUACAUGCAUGCCUCUCUCUCUCUCUCUCUCUCUCUCUCUCUCUCUCUCUCUCUCUCUCUCUCUCUCUCCCUCUCUCUCUCUCUCUCACUCGGCUUAUUAGCCGCCACCGGCCAAACGGAUGUAGGGUACCGCUCUCUGCAGCAGGCUGUUCAUUUUCAAUAAGGCGGCCGGUGGUCCCCCUCUCCUUCUCUCUCAUCUCUCGGUGCAUCUCUCUGCAAGCGCGACAGCGAUUUUUCGCGAGCGAUAGUUGGCGCUUAGACAUAGUGUGCGUACGCGCGACCGACGAUUUUCUCACUCUCUCGUUGACGCGAUUUCGCGCCUAUAUCACCUGGCCGGCAGUGGGCCCCUCAGCUUUGUGCUUUGUAUAUACCUAUACUUGUUCAUCAAGCGCGAGCAAUCAUAUAUCUAGUCCGUGUUUCUUAUUGCGCUUAUUUGCGCGAGAGAGUUCGCGAGUGAUAGAUCGACUCCCGACGCGGCCGAGUCGCUGAUACGAGGAAGGCUUCGUUUGGCCUGCUGUCGAUAGGAUAUCUCUCGCGGCGAUUGCAAAAAGUGGACAAAAUGCUGCCAGACGAGGUGCCGGCCGAGCCGCAGUCCUUUUACCAUCAAGAGAUCGAUCGAUCGUACGAUCCCAAAGCCGAGAUUCACGGCCUGAAGAGGAGCAACGGCAUAAAGCGCGACGGCAACGGUCUGAGCAACGGAUUCGCCAAGGGCAGCGAGGAAAAGGUUCAGUCGAGGGAGGAUAACGAAAAAUUCAUCGCUAACAGUUUGACCUUCAAUGGGCAGGCGAUCAUCUGGAGGAACGUCAUCGCGAUCACGAUUUUUCACCUUAUAGCGCUUUACAGCUACAUCACCUUCCCGUAUGUGCAGCGCUGGCGCACCGCAGCUUGGGCUUGGACGGCCGCUGUUCUGGCUUCUUUCGGAGUCGGAGCCGGCGUACAUCGACUUUGGACUCAUCGCUCGUACAAAGCAAAGACGCCUCUUAGAAUAAUUCUGUUGUGCUUCUACAGUAUUUCUGGAAUGAAUUCGAUAUAUAAUUGGGUGAGGGAUCACCGAGUCCAUCAUAAAUAUUCGGAAACCAAUGCGGACCCGCACAACAGCAAUCGAGGUUUCUUCUUCUCCCAUGUCGGUUGGCUGAUGUUGCGCAAGCAUCCGGAAGUCCGAAGAAAAGGUGAACAAAUUGACAUGAGCGACAUACUCGCCGAUCCUGUCGUCACUUUUGGUGAAAAGUACUACAUUGUUUUAAAGUUACUUUUUUGCUUUAUUUUACCAACCGCGGUUCCAGUAUAUUUUUGGAAUGAAGAUUGGUACUACGCAAUUAUAUCGCAAAUAUUCAUGCGAUAUGCUUACGUAUUGAAUGUCACCUGGUGCGUAAACAGUGUGGCUCACAUUUUCGGAUGGAGACCCUACGAUAAAACCAUCGCUCCCACGGAGAACAUCCUGAUCUCGAUGGCGACAGGUGGUGAAGGCUGGCACAACUACCAUCACGCAUUUCCUUGGGACUACAAGGCUUCGGAGUUCGGUCACUUUACGAUCGAUUCAACCACCAUCUUCAUCGACACCUUCGCCAAGAUCGGCUGGGCCUACGACCGAAAACAGCCCUCGUCCGACCUUAUCAAGUUAACGAUCACGAAUAAGGGUGACGGUACGCAUUGCGAGGUCGCAGCGCCACCCGAGGAGACGAAGGCUAAAUGAAAAUAUCCAUAUACAUCCCAGCAGUGCCUUUAUCUUCACUCUUUUUUUUCUUUCGUUUGUAUGGGAAUCGUUCAUCUUUUACGAGUUGCUGUUGGCGUUAAUCUACGUUUUUAUUUUCGGAAAACGAAAUUAGCAGAGGAUGAAGGUUCGUUAGGACAUUUGUCAAUUUGUUGAUUUAUUGUUCCAGUAUAUGUUAUAUCCUUAUUCUUAUAAUAAUAUUAUUAUUACUACGAAAUUAGCGUCGUUAACGUAACACGUAAGCUUUUGAAGAAAUUUUGAUAAGCGUACAUACAAAACUAAGAACGACAUUCGAAUUUGCGAACAAAAUUGAAAUUUCUUUUAAAUGUCGGUUUUCACAUAAUUACAAUUGAAUAUGAUUAAUAUCUUCGUAUCGCGUUUGAUUCCAAUAAGUUGAAGUAUAAAGCAUUAUCUUGGUGCAUAUUUUCGUCUCUUUGAUUUGAUGAGGAAAAAUCAUUGAUGCGUUACUUUAUAGCAAUAAAGUGUUUUGUACAAAAAAAAAUGUUUACUUGAAUCUCUUAUGUUUGAAUCGCAAAAGUUUUUUCAUUAUUUUUCAAGCAGAGCGCGAUAUAUGCCAAAUUACCACGUGAAGUUGAAAAUAGUGUCUUUAUAUUUAGUUCUUCUAAAUUAUUAUACCAAAUUUUUAGUAAGUAUAACAGGAUUGUGAAUGCACGCCAAAUAUUGAAUUAUUUAAUGAUUAACCAUUAAACAAAGGGAUACAAAGGUGUGGGAAGAAAAAAAAAUAGUGUCAAUUAAAAAAAUCAGAAAAGAACGGGACUUCGGACAAUAAAUAUGUUUUUAUUACACAUAUAUUCGUACAAGGGUUACAUGAUAUUAAUACAUGUUCAUUUAACUGUCCAGCAAUUAAACACGCUGCAUUUGUUUUCUUCUUCAUAUUAUAGGAUUAUACGUUAUUGAGUAGUUGCAGUUGUCGUAGUUUUUUUUAUUCAUUUCACUUCAUUUUGUUUUGUAAAACACGGUUACAGCAGACUCGAUGCAUAAGUAAUAAAUAAUAAAAAAGACAAUAGUGAUAGCGUUCAGAAUAUGAGUGUCCGUAAUAAACAAUACAUUGUUGUCAAGCGCUCAUCGAAGGCGCCUUGUAUAUUUUUGCGUCUCGAACUCUCUAGUUCCAUGCGCAGCGCAAGCUCGAAUAAAUUUCGAGGUGCUUUUCUUGUGCACACACUUUUUCGCUAAACCGACAGGAUACAAACGAAAAAAAGAGGAAAAAAAGAAUUAAACAUCCACUGUCGAACUUUUUCCUGACUGACAUCGGUUUUCACGAGCCUCGAGAAAACCACUAGGAGUUUUUCCUUUGUUUUAUUUUCUGCUUAUAUAAUAUAUAUGUGUUUGUUUGUGUGACCCAUCAUUUUUGCUCUUGCUUUCUGUCCGUCUUGACGGAUUAUAUUUAUCUAAAUUCAAUAACAACUUUUUCGAAAAAACAGCACACAAAAAAGGAUAAAAGGAAAUGAAUUAAAAUAUAUAGAGAAAAAGAAACUUCUCAGGUUUAAUGCUAAGGACUUAAAGGCUAAAAUUAUCAACCAAACCUUGGUGGCCAGCACCAGACACUCGCUAGGUUCAAUGUCUAUGACACACACAUCGAUAAUUAUUU